GGGUGCAAGAUUCGAGUUCCUUCUUGUACAGUAAAAUAUUUGGGUGAUUUCUCCGCUUCUCGGGCACAUGCAUGGCGGCCGCAGAUCGCGCGAAGCUGUCGGAGGACGAGGAGCAGGCGGUGUGGCGGGCGGCGGAGGCGGGCGACGAGGCGCACUUCAUGACGCUGGCCGGCGAUCACCUCGUCGCCGCGAGGGCUCUCCGCAACGACGACGGCCGCUCCGCGAUCCACGUCGCUGCGGCUGGGGGCCACGCCGGGGCUGUGCGCGCACUCCUGCGCGGGGUGGAGGGCGCGGAGAGCGCGGGGCACGUGAACGUGAGCGAUGACGAGGGGUGGACGCCGCUCAUGUCAGCUAGCAGCAGCCGCAGAACAGCUGUGGUGGACGUGCUAUUGAAAGCAGGCGCGGAUGCCAUGGCGGUGAACAGAGGGGGGAGGGCGGCGCUGCACUAUGCUGCCAGCAAGGGACACGUGGCCAUCGUGCAUUCGUUGCUCCGGUCGCCUGAAGUGCAGAAGAGAGGGAUCAACCAGAGGGACAAGGUGGGGUGCACCCCUCUGCACCGGGCAGCGGGUGCGAACCAGAGCGAGGCGUGCGAGGUGCUGCUGGAGGAGGGCGCUGCCAUCGACGCCACGGACGCUGCUGGGCGCACUCCCGCCAUGGCUGCUGCUGAAUGCGCGCACGACCAGGUGGUGCUUCUCCUAGUGCGGCAUGGCACAAACAUCCACAUGAAAGACCCAGAGGGUCUCUCUCUCCUGGACCUGUGCUCGUCCUCCGAUCUAAGAAAGGCAGUCCUGCACACGGCUCAAACGGCUGGCCACGGGACGGGGGAUACCGCUGAGGGCAGGGGAAGCAUGGAUGUUGACAAGUGACCCGUGAGCUAUAGGAAGUGGAGUGGGAUCACACUCCAUACCAUAAAAAGGCUAUUCUGCACUUGACUGACACCGCUCGCCAUGGGACAGGGGAUACCGCUGGGGGCAACGGAAGCAUGGAUGUUUACAAGUGAUCGCGGCUGGUCCAAUCUGAUGAAGGAUCGAUGCAAUUUCGGCGCAAGUCGAUUUGAUGCGGUUGGAAAGCGAAUUCGAAUAAGGGGUUACUAGUUUGACAAGGGGUCCUAGGUGCACCCUUCCAGGUGAGAGGGCGAGAGGGAAGAGGCUAGCUCAGGACGAGGUCGUGGGAACACACUCUGAAACAUUGAUACAUUGCGUGAGUGGAGGGUUGUAGUGUGGUGUAGCCAUACAUAGGUACAUGCACACACUAGCCACAUUCCUACAUUACGGGAACGUACGGUGAUGGGAGUUGGGAAGAGCAGUUACUAAGGUGCAUUAUGUAUAUAAGUUGGUUUGCAUUGGCAAAUGUAUAUGACCACUAAGAGGAGUG